AAAAAAGUGAAACGCAGAAACGGCCACAUGGCAAAUCCAAUCCUCUACCAACAUAAAUUCUUCUUCCACUUCGUCUUUGUACGAGUAAGUUGAAAAACCAGUGCCACCGUGCACGGCGGAGUCCCACAACUAUUAUGCUAACAAUGCUCUCAGCCAGAGCCGGUGUUGUUCCUCCACCAAUCCUAAUCGGACACAAUGUAAAAUUCUCCAUUUCGAGGCGUUUAAGGAUCCGAGCUGCUGAAUUUCCGGAUUUUCUUCCUAAACAAGUCGAGAAUAUCAAAGACUCUUCUGCUAGAAAAUUGGCUUCACGAAUUGAAAGAGUACCUGUAAACUUAUCAAAGGGUUGUGUCUUGAGUAGUUGUGUGAAGCCAAAAGAACAGACAGAGGCCAAAAAUCCAGUCGUGCUUCUCCAUGGUUUUGAUAGCUCAUGUUUAGAGUGGAGGUACACAUUUCCGAUGCUUGAGGAGGCUGGGUUGGAGACAUGGGCAGUUGAUAUCCUCGGAUGGGGUUUCUCUGAUUUAGAAAGGCUUCCAUCGUGUGAUGUAGCUUCCAAGCGUGAUCAUCUUUACCAGCUGUGGUCUACCUACAUCAAGAGGCCAAUGGUACUUGUCGGACCAAGUCUUGGAUCUGCUGUUGCUAUUGACUUUUCUGUCAAAUAUCCUGAAGCAGUUUAUAAGCUGGUUUUAAUCGAUGCAAGUGUUUAUGCAGAAGGUACAGGAAACCUUGCAACCUUACCCAAAGCAGUAGCUUAUGCUGGGGUCUACUUGUUGAAAAGUGUUCCACUUCGCUUAUAUGCAACAUCAUUAACUUUCAAUGGCUUACCAUUAAAUACCUGCAUAGACUGGACUAAUAUUGGCCGCUUACAUUGUUUGUUACCUUGGUGGGAGGAUGCAACAGUGAAUUUCAUGAUCAGUGGAGGUUACAAUGUUGUUGCACAGAUAGAACAUGUCAAGCAGAAAACACUAAUAAUAUGGGGUGAAGAUGAUCAGAUAAUUGACUACAAGCUCGGAGUGAGAUUGCAUUGUGAACUGCCAAAUGCUAUUAUACGCCAAAUACCAAAGUGCGGCCAUAUCCCCCAUGUGGAGAAGCCUGAUGCUGUCUCCAAGUUGAUAAUGGAUUUCAUUCACUCUGAUCAAUCACAAAGGGCAAAUCCUGACUCUGUCUCGACCAUCUCUGUUCUUGUUUGAUUACUGGUACUUGUACAAGCAGAUAGUUAGCAUACCCCACAUGUGGAGAUCCGGCUUCCUCAUUAUAGGUAGUGAUGAGGUUAGUUUGCCAGCUUUGAGCACCAUCAGCUUUAUUACCUACAUAUCAAAGGUGCUUUCCCAUCCAGUACAUAAGUGUAAUAAACUGAAUACUUAGCAGUGUAAUUAGCUGAAUAUGUUAGCAUUCUUCUACAUGUUUCUCAGUUUUUCUUCAAUAUUCGGAGCUGGAAUUUAUGGCUGGUGAA